GGCCUAGCCGCUCCGCGGCAUGUGGGAUCUUCCCGGACCGGGGCAUGAACCUGUGUCCCCUGCAUCGGCAGGUGGACUCUCAACCACUGCGCCACCAGGGAAGCCCAAGCCAGCUCUUUUUUAAAUGUAACUAGAUGUUCCAAAUAACAUCCAACCUGAAGAUUUUUUUUAAUUCUCAACAUAAAAUUUCUUACGUUGACAGUAUUACACUCACACAUAAUUAUAUGGGUAGGAAAACAGCUAAAAUGCCAGAGUGAGUUAAUGACAUUUUCUGUAACACUGAAAUGCCACUCUUUUCAGUGCAGUAAGAUUAAGGGUUUAAACCCCUUUUUAACAUUGUACUGGAAUUUUGGUUUAAUUUGUUGAAGCUUGGUGAUCUUUCUUAGUAACAAGUGGACAUUUUGACCUAUUCUGUUUUCUUCUUUGUUGGGGGGCUGUUUUUCUUUAUAUCUAAGUUUUUACUUUACUUUUCCUGUUUUGGGAUCCUCUUUCUGUGAGUCUUUGCUGAAGUUAUACCAUUACCACUUUUCCUUAACUAUAGCCACAGGCAAGUGAGUUCCAAAUUCAGACUGUGGUACCUAGAACUAGCUGGAUAUUUAUUAAUGAAGCGUCUUCAAGGCACAGAAAUCGUUUCUCCUAUUCUUAGGGGACAGGAAGUGUUGGGGCAGUUAAGGGACAAGGCAGAAAUGGCCUCACCAGCCUAUAGGACCUAAAGAGGAAACCUAGGAAAAGAUUAGAAAAAGCUUGUUGUUGAUGUAUUAGCAAAUAAAAAGCAGACUUGGAGGUCUUUGCUUCUGUUAGGGCUUUUUUGCAUUAGGAGAUUUAAAGUUGAAGAGUAAUAAAACAGCUAUGGCUAGUUCUUAAAUAAAAAUGUAUAUACUAAAAGAAUAAAGACCAGAAUGAUUUAUUUGAAACUGAUUUUGAUGUAGCCAUUUUCAGUGACUUAGAAAUCACCCAAGCUUUUUGUUAAUGCAAACUGACCUUGCCUCCAACUAUCAAGGUUGAAGCCAGCAAUGGAAAGUGAAGAAUGUCAGCAGUGAGGGCAUCAUGAGCAGAAGGGGGAGACAGCAGCCAGGAAUGGGCAGGAGGAGAAAGAUGGAGAAGGAAGGGAGUCAGAUCAAGAGAUGCGGAAACUGAGCCACAAAGAGAAUAAGUAAUUUGCCUAGGCUAGUCAGAUAACAGAGCCAGGAUUCCACUGAGGCAGUCUGACUACUGUGCUACAGCUGGCUUCAUCACCUCUACCUCCCCCUCUCCAUCAUUUGUAUGCCCUGAUGGAGUAAGAUGUUUGCAGGCAGUAGAGGAGGAAAUGUGAAUGGAGAUAAUAUCACCUACUGCAUUAUUUUUGGCUGCAAAAGUAGAAGAACAGGCUCGAAAACUUGAACAUGUUAUCAAAGUAGCACAUGCUUGUCUUCAUCCCCUAGAGCCACUGCUGGAUACUAAAUGUGAUGCUUACCUUCAGCAGACUCAAGAACUGGUUUUACUUGAAACCAUAAUGCUACAAACCCUAGGUUUUGAGAUCACCAUUGAACACCCACACACAGAUGUGGUGAAAUGUACCCAGUUAGUAAGAGCAAGCAAGGAUUUGGCACAGACAUCCUAUUUCAUGGCUACCAACAGUCUGCAUCUUACAACCUUCUGUCUUCAGUAUAAACCAACAGUGAUAGCAUGUGUAUGCAUUCAUUUGGCUUGCAAAUGGUCCAAUUGGGAGAUUCCCGUGUCAACUGAUGGAAAACAUUGGUGGGAAUAUGUGGAUCCUACAGUUACUCUGGAAUUACUAGAUGAGCUAACACAUGAGUUUCUACAAAUAUUGGAGAAAACACCUAGUAGGUUGAAGAGGAUUCGGAACUGGAGGGCUAAUCAGGCGGCUAAGAAACCAAAAGUAGAUGGACAAGUAUCAGAAACACCACUUCUUGGUUCAUCUUUGGUCCAGAAUUCCAUUUUAGUAGAUAGUGUUACUGGUGUGCCUACCAACCCGAGUUUUCAGAAACCAUCUACAUCAACAUUCCCUGCACCAGUACCUCUAAAUUCAGGAAAUAUUUCUGUUCAAGACAGCCAUGCAUCUGAUAAUUUGUCAGUGCUAGCAACAGGAAUGCCAAGUACCUCAUAUGGUUUGUCAUCACACCAAGAAUGGCCUCAACAUCAAGAGUCGGCAAGGACAGAACAGAUAUAUUCACAGAAACAGGACACAUCUUUGUCUGGUAGCCAGUACAGCAUCAACUUCCAGCAGGGACCUUCUGUAUCACUGCAUUCAGGAUUACAUCACAGACCUGACAAAAUUUCUGACCAUUCUUCUAUUAAGCAAGAUUAUACUCAUAAAGCAGGAAGCAGUAAACACCAUGGGCCAAGCUCUGCUACUCCUGGAGUAAUUCCUCAGAAAAUGUCUUUAGAUAAAUAUAGAGAAAAACGUAAGCUAGAAACCCUUGAUCUGGAUGCAAGGGAUCAUUAUAUAGCUGCCCAGGUAGAACAGCAACACAAACAUGUACAGUCCCAGGCAGCCAGCAGCAGUUCUGUAACCUCUCCCAUUAAAAUGAAAAUUCCCAUUACAAAUGCUGAAAAACCUGAAAAAUAUAUGGCAGAUAAGAAGGAAAAGAGUGGAUCGCUGAAAUUACGGAUUCCAAUACCACCCACUGAUAAAAGUGUCAGUAAAGAAGAACUGAAAAUGAAGAUAAAAGUUUCUUCCUCAGAAAGACACAGCUCUUCUGACGAAGGCAGCGGGAAGAGCAAGCACUCAAGCCCGCAUGUUAGCAGGGACCACAAGGAGAGGCACAAGGAGCACCCUCCCAGCCGCCACCACCCCAGCGGCCACAGGUACUCGCACUCGUGCGGGGGCAGCAGCAGUGCUGGCAGCAAGCACAGUGCUGAUGGGGCACCACCCACUGUUCUCAGGAGUCCUGCUGGCCUGAGCAGUGAUGGCAUUUCCUCUAGUUCCAGCUCUUCGAGGAAGAAGCUGCAUAUCAAUGAUGCAUCUCACAACCAUCACUCCAAAAUGAGCAAAAGUUCCAAAAGUUCAGGUAGUUCAUCUAGUUCUUCCUCCUCUGUUAAGCAGUAUGUAUCCUCUCACAACUCUGUUUUUAACCAUCCCUUACCCCCUCCUCCCCCUGUCACAUACCAGGUGGGCUACGGACAUCUCAGCACCCUCGUGAAACUGGACAAGAAGCCAGUGGAGACCAACGGUCCUGAUGUCAAUCACGAGUACAGUACAAACAGCCAGCAUAUGGACUACAAAGACACAUUCGACAUGCUGGACUCGCUGUUAAGUGCCCAAGGAAUGAACAUGUAAUCAUUUGUUUAGGUCAAUUUUUCCUUUACUUUUUUAAUUUAAAAAUUGUUAGAAUGGAAAACUUCCUCCUGAUCUAGCAGUGGUAACACCUGCUGUUACUGCCACUGCUUCAAUAUUUGUAAGUGCUGCUUUAUUCUUCAUUCUGAAAAGAAGAGAUUAUAGUAAACAAGUCUUUAUCUCCACAUAUGAUAGUGUUAUAAAUACUGUAAAAGCAUGGAAGGUGCAAAACUCAGUAUUUCUACAAUUGCAGCUAAGAACAUUAGGGUGAAUGGCUGGCUGCUUCUAGGAAUAUAAGAUGCCUCAAGCAUUCGUUUAUUUAUAAUUUGAAUACUGUAGCUAUUUUUUGUUGUUGCUUGGCUUUUGAAUGAGUGUAAAUUGUUUUCUUUUGUGUAUUUAUACUCGUAUGUAUGAUUUGCAUGUUUCAAUGAUAAAGGGAUAAAACAGUAUACUGACAACUGUUUACAAGAAAGUGGAGAAAAAUGUACAUACAUUUUUGUAUGUUUAGAUAUUACCAUAAAUACUCAGGAUUGGAGCUGCUUGUAAGUAUAACAAUAUACAGAAUAACUUUAUUUUAUCUUGUCAGAGUCCAUCACUAAUCUAAAACAAAGGUGGCACUUUUUCAUGUUAACCUUAAACUCUAGGCCUUACUGGAAGCCACUGAAGGGGGACACUUCACUACCAGAUGGGUAUGCAGUGCCACAGAUGGUCAUGUACACUGUGAGGCCCUGAUUCUGCCUUCAGAGGUUCUGACCAGAUUGGCUGCUGAAAUAGCCCCUAAUUUUCUGAAGGCUUGAAGAGGAAAAAAUAAAGUUUACAUACUCUUGAUGUGAAGUGCAUUUAAGUGUUUGUUGGCUUGUUGCAGUACUAUAAACACAGAGCUGUUAAUAAUGGUUAUGUAGAUUACUGUGAUUUGAAAACUAAAUUCACAAAAACUUACAUUAGUGAAGAAUUAGUAAGUCUUUUUCUUAAAUAGAGAACUUUAACACUACGUAUUUUAACAGUAAACAGGAAUCGCUUUUCCUUUAGCAUUCAGAAGGACACCAUGUCCUUAAACAUACUCCUCCCCUGAAGCGUGAUUGUGUGUGAUGCCAUAUUUCUUUUUCAGGUAAAUGCAGUCUUCCUUAUAAAAAUGAAAUUAAACUUACUGCUCUUUCAGUUCUUUUAUAUUCUAACAAUAAAUAAAACAAAAAGAUCACUGACUGUGCAUUGUACCUGUAUUUAUAGCUUAUGGUUGUUAACAGGAAGCUCACUGAGAAAAAAAAAGGUAAGCCUCCAGGUAAACAGCUAGUGGAGGUUUUACAUUUGUUUGCACAUCUCAGUAUAUUCCUGUUGAAGUCGAGUUUGCACAGUCUUCUGACUACGGAACAAAUGAUAGACUUUAACUUGUUUAAAAUUUGUCUUAAAUGCCGGUAACAUGGCUCUGGUUUAUCAGCUAAUCUUCAAUUCUGUGGUAAAUCUUUGGGCUGUUGAGUAUCUUUGAGAUAGGUUGAAUUCAACUUCUGUUGAAUUGAAAACUGUCUUAAUUUUUCCUCUAUGUAUAUGAAUUAUUUUUGUUACAAAGCCACUGAUAUGUGCACAAUUGUAAUUUUACUCAAGUAUGUUGCAGUUGUAAAUAUUAGAGAGUUUAAUCUCGUGCUCUACUCUUAUUUAGCAAUUACCUGAUUUGCCAGUAGCUUUAUAAUUUUUUUUUAAAGAUAAUUGUUCAUUAUUUUGUCAAUGUUAUUUGAACUUAGGAUACUGGAUACUAGGAUCCUCUUUCUAGGGACUUUGCCUAGCUAGCAUGUCCUAACUUUGUUCUUGUCUGGCAUAACUUUAGUAAUCUUUGUCAUUACAUGUAACUUUGUUACUCUGUAUGGCAUAUUAUUGUAUCCAUAAACAUGGUAAUUUUGAUACAGUUAUACUUUUACAGUGGUACAUAAUCCAAGGACUAGUAUAGAAUUAAGAUGAGUGCAAGAUGAGGGAGGGAAGGGUUUUGUUCUUGGUAAUUUAGAUGUGAAACCUCUAAGGAGCUAUCAUGUGAAAUGACGUAGGGUGGUUGUGCUACUGUAUAAUUGGGGUGAUAAUACCAGGAAUUUUAAUAAGAUUUUGUAAAGAAUAUCCAGAAAAGUAGUGAACUUAUUUUCAGUAUGACAUAGAAAACAAUGUGAAUAUUUAAGGUCUGUGACUAUACUUCACUAAGAAUUUGCAGAAUUGUUUUGAGAUGUGAGAAUAAAGGUAAUUUUGUUGAAUCUUUAUUGGUGCUAAUGAUGGACAGUUAAAAGGGUAGCUAGUGUAUAUUGUUAUGGGUCAGUACUUAUUAGUACUUCCAAAAUUGAAUUUGAAAUGCUAUGUAUUCACUUUUCACUCUGUAAAUGUAAUUCUUUACAAUGACUUUAUUUAUUAAAGGGCAGCCAGUUGUAAUUUUUA